UGUGGUUUCCAAGGAAAAGCUGGUGGAUUUGAAUUGUGAACCUUUUGGUUAGCAGUCGAGCUCUUAAUCACUGUGUCACUAGGGCUUCUGAGCAGUUAGCAACUUUCUCCUCAGUCUGCAAGAUGUCGCUGCUCAAACUGUCAUGGCUGGGACUCUGGCCAGGGGCAGCCUCCCUGUGGCUGAUCCUGCUGCUGGCCAUGGCCUCCUGGCUCCUGGUUCAUGUCCUGGUCUGGACCUACACCUUCUAUGACAACUGCCACUGCCUCAGAUGUUUCCCUCAGCCCCCACUUCGGAACUGGUUCUUGGGGCACCUGGACCUGAUCCAGAACUCGGAGGAGGGUCUCCAGUACACACAGGGCCUGGCCAGCACUUUCGGGGAUGUGUGCUACUGGUGGGUGGGGCCCUUGCAUGCCAUCAUCCGCGUCUUACACCCCACCUUCAUCAAACCUGUCCUCUUGGCCCCAGGUGAAUGUUUGCACCUGGGACCAUUUGGGGAUGGUCUGGAACACAUCUGGGCUCAGCUGUAG